AUGUCAUCGAGCAAGAAAAUUGUCAUCCUCUAUGGAUCAGAGACAGGUAAUGCACAUGAUUUUGCCACAAUACUAUCCCAUCGACUACAUCGCUGGCAUUUCUCCCAUACAUUUUGUUCUAUUGGUGAGUAUGACCCACAGGAUAUCUUGAAAUGCAGGUACCUUUUCAUCAUAUGCUCCACGACAGGCCAAGGUGAAUUACCAAGGAACGUUAACCAAUUAAAAGGUGAAAGACCGGUCACAUUUUGGUCGUUUUUAAAGAGAAAGAAUCUGCCAUCGAACUUGCUGAACCAUAUUCAAACUGCCAUGCUUGGACUUGGCGAUUCAUCUUAUCCUAAGUUUAACUACGGUAUUCGAAAGUUACAUCAGCGCAUUGUCACACAACUAGGUGCCAAUGAAUUGUUCGAUAGAUUGGAGGCUGAUGAUCAGGCUAUGGCUGGUAGCAAUAAAGGUACUGGUCUCGGAGUUGAGUCAGUUUAUUUUGAAUAUGAAAAAAAAGUUCUAAGCUUUCUUUUAAGUAAGUACCCCAGCAGAAAGGUCGAUGGCCAAGUAAUUAAGCGGGAAGAAUUGGACCCUGAGAUUUAUCUAGAGCCAGAAUCCUACCUACAAAUUUCAGACAAGGAUAUUAGUGAAAAUGCCAAUGAAACCAAUAUUAAAUUUCAAGAGGAUGAAUUAGUGAAAACUGGUAGAGUUAAUAUGAACAAAAGGAUCACAGCUGAUGGUCAUUUCCAAGACGUGAGACAGUUUAAGUUUACUAAUGUUGAGAAAAUUCAAGAAGACUACAAACCCGGUGAUACAGUAGCUAUCUAUCCUUGCAAUACAGAUGAGGACGUUUCAAAAUUCUUAGCAAAUCAAAGCCAUUGGUCAGAAGUUGCGGACAAGCCAUUGAAUUUCACCAAUGGAGUUCCGAAUGAUCUUAAGGAUGGUGGAUUAGUCCAGCCAAUGACUUUAAGAAACUUCUUGAAAUAUCACUGUGAUUUUAUGAGCAUUCCUAGAACAAGCUUUUUCUUGAAGACUUGGACUUUUGCAACAGAUGUGACUAAGAUGGAACGCGGCCAAGAACAGCUGGAUGAUCAAAGAGAAAAACUGCGCCAGUUUGCUACCGAUCAAGAUAUGCAGGACUUAUAUGACUACUGUAACAGACCUAGAAGGUCAAUUCUUGAAGUAUUGGAAGAUUUUCUCUCCAUAAAAUUGCCCUGGAAAUAUAUGCUGGAUUACUUGCCUAUCAUCAAACCAAGGUAUUACUCUAUAUCUAGUGGCCCUGGGGAUCCUAGCAUCGAACUAACAGUUGCGGUUGUGAAGUAUAAAACUAUCCUAAGAAAAAUUCGGAAGGGGAUAUGCACUAAUUACAUUGCAAGCCUGAAAGAGGGAGAACAGAUAAGGUACAAAUUACAAAAUAAUCAUAUAAUCAAGAAAGAAUUUUUGAACAAACCGAUGAUUCUUGUCGGACCGGGUGUCGGCCUAGCACCAUUACUAUCAGUGAUUAAAGCAGAAAUGUCUAAAGAUAUCAGACUCUUUUUCGGUUGUAGAUAUAAAGAUAAAGAUUACAUUCAUAAAGAUUUGCUGGAAGAUUGGUCCCGUAAGGGUGAAAUUGCCUUAUAUUCAUCCUUUUCCAGGGAUGUCGAAAAUUCACCAGGUGUCAAAUACGUUCAGGACUACUUAUGGAGAUUAGGCGAGGAAAUAACUAAUUUGGUAGUUAAUAAAGACGCCAUUUUUUUCUUAUGUGGUUCAUCAGGUAAAAUGCCUAUCCAAGUCAGAUUAACAUUUAUUGAAAUGUUAAAAAAAUGGGGUAAUUUCAGUGGUGAAGAAACUGCCAAAAAAUACCUGAAAGAAAUGGAAAAAUCAGAUAGAUAUAUUCAAGAAACUUGGUAG